GCGAUGUCGGAGGAGGCGGCGUUGGAUUACCGCGGCCGGUGAGCGAGCUCACCUGUGAUCUCCCGAAGGAUCCGCCCGAAGCGGACUCAGCGAAGCCAACCGCUCGGAGAGAGUGCAUGGACUGCCGACAUUUCGCGAGACGGUGCCACCACUGCCACUCACAGGCCGACUGUCCCUGCCAGAAGCAGCGUAAACCAGUUUUUCUCUAAAAUAUUAGCGUAAGCCGCUGCUGUCUAUCGAUCGGCGCCAUACGAGCGCCGACAAGCUCUUGCAGACUUCCGAAAAAUUCCUGCCAACCUUCCCGGAUCAGGUUGUGACCGAGCGCUCAGGGGCUGAGGAACCUCGGCUAGGACUCGAGUCCGCUCUGUGAACCGCUCACGCUUGGCAUCGACAUGUCUUGCGAGCGUUUAAACAUAGAUGCUCCCAGAUGGGAUCAGACGACGUACUGGGGACGGGCGAAGCAUUUCUUCACUGUCACAAAUCCCCUUAAUCUACUCUGCUCAAACGUCGAGCUAGAACACAGCAGGGAUAUCAUUCUGAAAUACAGACGAGGAGAUCGGAUCGAUGGACUCAGUCCGGACGAGUUGUGGAAAUGUAAACAUAUCUACGACAGCGCUUUCCAUCCCGAAACUGGCGAGAAAGUUAUCCUCAUUGGUCGGAUGUCAGCUCAAGUUCCAAUGAAUAUGAUGAUCACCGGCUGCAUGAUGGCUUUCUACAAGACAACCCCACAGGUCGUUUUCUGGCAGUGGAUAAAUCAGAGUUUCAACGCGAUCGUCAAUUACUCGAACAGAUCAGGGAAAAAUCCGAUCCCUAAGGAGCAAUUGGCCUUCUCGUACGUAUGCGCAACAUCGGGAGCUCUAGUGACGGCUCUCGGUUUGAACUCGCUUACCAGGAAAAUGCCGCCACUCAUCGGCAGAUUCGUGCCUUUCGCGGCGGUAGCGGCUGCCAACUGCGUCAACAUUCCUCUAAUGCGAAUGCGGGAAAUUCAAGAGGGCAUUGCUGUCACUUCUGAGGACGGCCAAGAGCUGGGCGAAUCCUCGACCGCCGCGAAAUGGGCCAUCUCAAUGGUUGUUCUCUCUCGGAUUGGAAUGGCGUCGCCGGGAAUGGUCAUUCCUCCUGUAUUCAUGAAUUCGCUCGAGAAGAAAGGUUUCUUCAUUCGUUACCCUUGGGCGAAUGCCCCGAUGUCGGUUGGUCUCGCUGGUCUCAUGUUGAUUUUUGCUACGCCGAUGUGCUGCGCCUUGUUCCCUCAAAGAGCUUCGAUAUCGGUAUCAUCUCUUGAGCCUGACCUCCAGGAAAAAGUGAAAAAGAUCACAGACGGAAAAGUCCAAACAGUCUACUACAACAAGGGUCUCUAAGAAACUAUGUGACGCCGAGGCUGAAUCACGUUCAGCGGUCACAACUGAGAUUCGAACAUACGAGAGCCCUU